AUGUCGCCCGGCCCUGGCGCCGCGCUGUCGGCGCUUUCUGCCGGCGGCGGUAGUGAGGCGGUUGUCAGGGGUGAGCUCGUGCAGGGCGCCACAGGACCAUCCUUCGUCGCGCUGAGGAAGAUGCGUUGGGGCACGGAGAUUCUCACCGAGCGCCCGCUACUCCUCGUGGAUCCAGACACAGACCGCUACCUCCGUGCCACGGACGCAGACCCACGGCUGGUGGAGAUCGCCGAAGCGCUGGGAGACAGCACCCGCUUGGCCGCCUACGUGGCCUUCCGCCAGCUCCAGGAGCACAAGCAGAAGGAACUUCUGGCCUUCUGGCGGGAUGACUUGGAGGACAUUUAA